UGUAUAAUAGGGGUGAGGGAAGCUCUAGGAGUUUAGGAGGAGCUGCGGCAAGGUCGACAACAGCAUCCUUUCUUCGAACAACAGAAACACUAGAAGCGGACGGGUAUAGUCCUGUGGCUUCGAGUGAGCGAAGGUAACCGUGAACAUUUUGGAUUUAUUAAAGCGGAAGGGGAAGAAGGAGAGUGUCUGAAAGUUUCCAGCCUGUAGCCGCAUGUUCUGACGAAGCUAACGAGCUAUCCUCCUCUACUACCGCUCUCCACACGGCUGCCUUGCGCCUUUUCUGAGCUGACAGUGCAGCGUGUUCCUACCCGUAAUUAGGAAGACACUUAAGCGUUUGUAGCGGGGGACACCCGGACUUACAUGCGUUCUCCAUUUAGUUUUGCUCCCGGUAACGUGCUUUUCCCAUACGGUUUUCACGUUCGUUUUUUGUGCCAUGUCAGCGCCAUCCUCCGCGCCUUCCGGCCAGGCAGAGAGCACCUCGGCGGAAAAUGAGUUCCUAGCCCCAGAUGCCGGACAGAAGCCGGCCGGUCCGACGCCCAGCCAGAGCCGCUUCCAGGUGGACAUUGUGGCUGAGGCUGCGGGCGCCGCCGACGACAAGUCCCCGAGCUCCGACGCCUCCGCAACUGCCCCGGAAGGUGCGGGCAGUGAUUCGGGUGCCGGCGGAGAGGAAGCCAAAGGCCGAUUUCGGGUGGUGAACUUUGCGGAUCCGAGUGGAUCGGGGAGCGCGGCCUCUCCGGACGCAGCGCCGGUGGCCGAGGGGCUGCAGAACGGGGACACGGUGAUGAGUGAGACUAGCUUGCAUUCAUCCACGGGGGGCCAGCAUCACUAUCACUACGACACCCACACCAACACCUAUUACCUGAGAACUUUUGGUCACAACACCAUCGAUGCAGUGCCCAACAUUGACUUCUACCGUCAGACUGCGGCGCCGUUGGGGGAAAAACUCGUGAGACCCACCCUGUCGGAGCUGCAUGACGAGCUGGACAAGGAGCCAUUUGAGGAUGGCUUUGCCAACGGUGAUGAGCUGACACCGGCCGAGGAGGCUGCAGCUAAAGAAGCAGCCGAGUCCAAAGGAGUUGUGAAGUUUGGCUGGAUUAAAGGGGUGCUGGUCCGCUGCAUGUUGAACAUCUGGGGUGUGAUGCUCUUCAUCCGCAUGUCAUGGAUUGUGGGCCAGGCUGGAAUUGCUCUCUCCUGUUUGAUCGUCUGCAUGGCUACUGUGGUGACAACCAUCACAGGCCUCUCCACCUCGGCCAUCGCCACCAAUGGGUUUGUAAGAGGAGGUGGAGCAUAUUACUUGAUUUCGAGGAGUCUGGGGCCAGAGUUUGGAGGGUCUAUUGGUUUAAUCUUUGCCUUUGCCAAUGCAGUGGCUGUAGCCAUGUAUGUUGUGGGCUUUGCUGAAACUGUCGUGGAACUUCUCAAAGAUGCAGACCUCCUGAUGACAGAUGAAAUAAACGAUAUAAGAAUCAUUGGCACAAUCACAGUAAUCCUUCUCCUGGGCAUUUCUGUGGCAGGAAUGGAAUGGGAGGCCAAGGCCCAGAUCUUCCUGCUUGUUGUUCUUAUAACUGCCAUCUUCAACUACUUCAUCGGAACCUUCAUUCCUGUUAAAUCAAAGGAACCAUAUGGUUUCUUUGGCUACGACGGUGAGAUCAUGUGGGAGAAUAUGGGUCCGGACUUUCGAGGAGAGACGUUCUUCUCUGUGUUUUCGAUCUUCUUCCCUGCAGCCACUGGCAUUCUGGCUGGAGCCAACAUUUCAGGAGACCUUGCUGACCCACAGUUGGCCAUUCCCAGAGGCACCCUUCUAGCCAUAUUGAUCACAGGAAUAGUCUAUCUGGGUGUUGCUGUCUCAACAGGCGCCUGUAUUGUGAGAGACGCCACCGGAAAUGCAAGUGACACAAUCAGUGGUCUCUUUCCUCAAAACUGCACUGGAGUUUCCUGCAAAUUUAACUACGACUUCUCCAGCUGCAACACUCUAAAAAACUGCACCCAUGGACUCCAAAAUAACUUCCAGGUGAUGAGCCUGGUUUCUGGUUUUGGUCCCAUCAUCACUGCUGGAAUCUUCUCUGCUACUCUGUCCUCAGCUCUGGCAUCUUUAGUCAGUGCACCUAAAGUUUUUCAGGCUUUAUGUAAAGACAACAUCUACCCCGGCCUGGGAAUGUUCGCCAAAGGCUACGGCAAGAACAACGAGCCGCUUCGAGGCUACAUCCUGACUUUUGGUAUCGCUCUGGCUUUCAUCCUUAUUGCUCAGUUGAACACAAUUGCCCCUAUCAUCUCCAACUUUUUCUUGGCAUCCUAUGCCUUGAUCAACUUCUCCGUGUUCCAUGCUUCGCUGGCUAACUCCCCAGGAUGGCGACCCAGCUUCAAAUACUACAACAUGUGGGUUUCUCUUGCUGGAGCCGUACUGUGCUGUGGGGUGAUGUUUGUCAUCAACUGGGCGGCUGCUCUCCUAACUAACGUCAUCGUUCUGGGUCUUUAUAUCUACGUCAGCUACAAGAAGCCAGAUGUGAACUGGGGUUCCUCGACUCAGGCUCUGACCUACCAUCAGGCCCUGACCCAUACUCUGCACCUCAGUGGAGUGGAGGACCACAUCAAGAACUUCAGACCCCAGUGUUUGGUGAUGACUGGUUACCCCAACGCCCGUCCUGCACUUGUAGAUCUGGUCCAUAGCUUCACCAAGAAUGUAGGCCUGAUGAUCUGUGGUCAUGUUCGCACGGGGUACAGAAGGCCAAACUUUAAAGAUCUUGCCACAGAACAGUCCCGCUACCAACGCUGGCUUCUGAAGACGGAGACCAAGGCCUUCUAUACGCCGGUGUUUGCAGAGGACAUGAGACAGGGCACUCAGUACUUGCUCCAGGCUGCUGGCUUGGGUCGCCUCAAGCCAAACACCCUGGUGCUGGGCUUCAAGAACGACUGGAGGGACGGUGACAUGAUGAACGUGGAGACCUACAUCAGUAUGAUCCAUGAUGCGUUUGACUUCCAGUUUGGUGCUGUUAUUCUGCGACUUAAAGAGGGACUGGAUGUUUCCCACAUUCAAGGACAAGAUGAGUUGCUGUCGUCCCAAGAGAAGUCCUCAGGGAUGAAAGAUGUGAUUGUGUCCAUAGACACCAGCAAAGACUCCGAUGCUGAUUCGUCCAAGCCGUCGUCCAAGGCGACCAGCCUCCAGAACAGUCCGGCUAUACAGAAAGAUGACGAGGAUGAUGGCAAAGCUACAACCCAACCCCUGUUGAAAAAAGACAACAAGAGCCCGACGGUACCUCUGAAUGUUUCUGACCAAAGGCUGCUGGAGGCCGGCCAGCAGUUCAAGAAGAAACAGGGGAAGGGCACAGUGGAUGUCUGGUGGCUGUUUGAUGACGGAGGUCUGACCCUGCUGAUCCCAUACCUGCUGACCAACAAGAAGAGGUGGAAGGAUUGCAAGAUCCGUGUCUUCAUUGGAGGCAAGAUAAACAGAAUUGAUCAUGACCGCCGAGUGAUGGCCACUCUGCUGAGCAAGUUCAGGAUAGACUUCUCGGACAUCACCGUGCUGGGAGACAUCAACACCAAGCCCAAGAAGGAGCAUGUGGCAGCUUUUGAGGAGAUGAUUGAGCCGUAUCGGCUGAAGGAAGACGACAUGGAGCAGGAGGCCGCUGAGAGGCUGAAGAACAGCGAACCAUGGAGGAUCACUGAUAACGAGCUGGAGCUGUACCGCGCCAAGUCCAAUCGCCAGAUUAGACUCAACGAGCUGCUGAAGGAGCACUCUAGCACAGCCAACCUCAUCGUCAUGAGCCUGCCAUUAGCUAGGAAGGGCGCGGUGUCCAGCGCUCUCUACAUGGCCUGGCUGGAAGCUCUGUCCAAGGACCUGCCUCCCAUCCUGCUGGUGCGCGGCAACCACCAGAGCGUCCUCACCUUCUACUCUUAAACACACCACCAAGACGGAAACCCAUGUUUUUAAGUCUCACAUCCACUUCUGCCUCUGGGAGCAGACCAACAUACAUUUCCCAGUUCCAGUCCAAACUUAAAGGUGCACCACAUACACUCCAGAGACGGUAGAAAACACAGCCACUGAUGGAAACAAUGCUUGUAAUGAAUGACAAGGAAGUGUUAUUGGUUAAGAUGUGUAAAAGGCCCUACAGGUGAUGGAGGAAUGUCAGGGUUGGGGUGGGAGCUGGUUGUAAGGUUGCCAACUCUGCAACUUUCUUUCUAUUUAUUCUGAGAUAUCUGGGUUUUUCUCUUGUAGCUCUAGUUUUUUUCUAUUUUCCUUAUAAAAAACAAUGUCAUUUUGUUGAUUUCUCUCAGGCUCCAAAGCAGUUGUGCACAAUGUUAAUUGUUUUCUCAUGAUAUGGAAUAUCUUAAUGUCAUACUUUUUAAGUUAAAUUGGACCAGUUGUUGUGUUUGUUACAGCAAUAAUCACCCUGUUGUUUUCUUUAAAUAUUGGGAGAGAACCAUGCAGAAUGCUUUGCAACACCUUCUAAAGCCUUAUGGAUGUGCCUUCCAGUUGAAUCAGAUGAAAUAAUUACAAUCUCUAUCCAGAUUGACAAUAUUACAAUAUUAUGAUAUUGGUGGCUAAUGGUUAAUUUUAUUGAGUUUUUAAUGUGGUUCCUUCUUAGUUGGAGCAUUGUAUUUAUGCGAGUGGAUUGCAGGGUUUAAUGAAGGGUGUCCACUUGAUUGCAUGAACACUUUAUCUGUCAUUUCUCUUUCUUUCUAUUUUAUCCAAUCAGCAUGUUUAAUAAGGGUAGUAGCUUUGUUUUAGUUUUUUUUUCCACUUUUGAGUCUUCCUUUGUAAAGCUGUUGAAUAUUUCCAAUAGCCUCAGUUACACAGUCACAACGAGACACAAUUUAUCUUUUAGGCAGAGAGCCUAAAUGAAGUGUACACGGUCUUAAAUUUAAGACCUUGCUGUUUGUCAGAAAAGAUGUGAAUCUAGUUUUUCAUUAGCCUUUUAGGGGGAAAGACUAUCUCUCCCGCGUAGCUGCUCAUUAAGUGUUUCUUUCAACAACUCUUUGUGUUGUUAUGUCCACAUGUACGGUUCUUCCCCUGUAAAAAUCUGCUCUACCCAACAACCUAGUUAAAACUUUGCCUUAAUGCUAGAGCUAACGAUUGUCAUGGUUCCUUUUCUCUUAUGAGCCAUACUGGCUGGACGGUGUGUAGGUAAAUCCAAAUAGUGAUCCAUUAGUAAUAUGUUAGAAGUUUGAGCACACUUGUCUUCUGUACUGUAUUAUAUGCAUCUUCAUUUUCUGCCUGUAGUCCACCUGCAUUGUCUGUUACAGUGCUCGCUGUAGAUCUACCUGUUGCUGGUGAAGUGGUCAAUGAGACGAUAGUGACUUGUUCCACUUGUGCCAGCUGCUUGUUGGUCAUGUAGACGUACGAUGGACUUCUAGUCUCCUGUCCCCACAAAUUCUAAAUGGGCACAGACAAUGAACAACACACAAGCUUCACACUGGAAGAUGUUCUGACAGGAAGAAUGUGUCACGGCUGAGUGAAGAUAUACUGUACUUCUAUGCAUAGGUACUUGGAAUUAAAGUUCACUGCUACUUCCUGUGACAAUUUGCUCACCUAGGUUCAUUUAAGGGCCACUUUAGGCACAUCUCUCCUUUACUCGAGUUAUUACUGUCACUGGCUUGAACCUUGUUAAGAGUGCCAUGGCUCCACGAAAAGCCAUAUGUAGACCAUUUCACAGUCUGACUCUGGUGUUCUAAAUAGGUCACAUGUAUUCCCAGCUCUGCCAGAACCACAGAGAACAUUGCUCUGAUGCAACUGUCCUACAUUCAAACCGGGUUCGGCUGUUACAAAUCUACUGUACAAUUGUUACUUUUUGGAGGAAUGACGUUACAUGAAUCAUGUGGUGGAGGAAUUUUCAUACUGACUGCAAAAUUACUGUAAAUCCACGGCCAAAUGAUGAGAAGAAUCAUGCUUUCAGGAAAAUGGGGAAAAGGUAAAAAAAAAAAAAGUUUUUCGUAGCUGUGCAGUCUAGCGUUUAAUAACUCCACAGGUGAUUGUGAAAGGUCUACUGUCGAAUAGCGUGGGCCUGAGCUACAACACAAUUCAGCAGAAAGUGUCCGUUCUGGCUUCAGAGGAAUGUGGUUAUAUGUAAGAAACUGCCACAACAUCAAUGGAAUAAAACAGGGUUCUUUUUUUAUUUGUUAUGUACUUCUUUUAAUCUAUUUCCCCCCCAAACAAACGGUUUUAGCAUUUACCUUGUUACUUCCAUGCAUCCUGUCCUUUACUGUAUGCAAUUUUUAAAGAGGAAUGUUGCUUAGGUUAGAUGAAUGUACUGUAUAAUAAUGGACAUUGUUGCUAGGAGUUAGCAUCCCUUUUGUUUUCCAUCCUCAUGUAUCUGAACUGUUUCCUGCAUAGACUGCAGUAAAAAAAAAAAAAAAAAAAAAAAAAGUGCAGCAUACUGUGUCAGAUUCAUAGGGCUGUAUGAGCUCUGCUGGCGUUCAUGCAGCUGCAUCACACCUGCAUCGAUCACCACAGAUUCACCUGCUGGAUGUGUAGACCAAGACUCCUGACUGUGUGUGUGAGACGUGGGGAGGGAUUGAUUAGAGUGUAAACUGUACAUGCGCAUUAAAUAUCCAUACUCAUCCUCACCAGUGUGUUAAUUACACCCUCAAUACUUUACAAGUAUGUGAAAGUGAGUGCUGGGUGAGGACUGUUAAUCUUUUUUUAAUCUUUCGAAGGCACAGUUAAACACAGUCCCAGAUUAAGUUAAAGUACACAACAGCACUGCACAAGCCAAAACCUUGUUAUGUCACAUUUGGUGUCAGUAGAGGUAAUCUCAUUUGGACUCUGUCCUGGUUGGACCUUCCCUGACAUGGGGAAGUUUCCACGAUGUGCAGAAAGACAAACCAGAUGAUAAUUAAACCUCAGCCUCCACCCAGAAACAUUCAAGUAUAAGAAAUGUUGAUGCAAACAGUCAACGGGGACAUAAUACUGUACCUACUUAUUUAAACAGUAAAGAUGAUUGGACUAUACAUAUUUGACGCAAACUAAGAUCUAGAAGAAGUAUAUUGUUUUGCCUGUUGGUGCAAAUCAAUAUACAGCGACAAGGAUCUCAACUGAUCAGUGGCUACGAAGAGAUUUGGCAUUUUGGGUUGGUGCUGCUGUGUACCGUAACCGACUUUAGUCUCCGCUCAUUGUUCUGCUGUAAAGCGUUCACUCUCCCUCACUGUUACAAAGCAACAACAUUACAAACGAACACGGGUUACUCUAUAUUUGUAUAGUAAAGAAAAUAUAUAUAUACGCCUAUAUAUACACACACACACACACAUAUAUAUAUAUAUAUACACACACACUAAUGUAUAAAUGUAUCAGUCCAACCUGGAGGGGAUCUUUGUCUUUGAUAUGUCACAUUAAAUGAAACAAAAAGACCUCCCGUCAACCUUUUACAACCAAAUAAUAGUGCUUGUGUGUGUUUUCUUCAUUUGUCUUGAUAGCUGGAUAGAUUUAAAGCCUGUCUGAUAAUACCGUGCUAUGAUCAACAAAUCAAAAUUCACCUGUACUGUCAGGACUGAGGCGUAGUUCCACAUCUCCUGAUCAUUGUAUGUCUUUAUUUGCCAAAGCCCCCUUCCUUUCCGGUCGCAUCCGUCAUGUGUUGAGCCAUGAUGAUGUUAAAAAAGAAAAAAAACAAACAAACAAAAAAACUAACUGGUCCUGCUCUGUUUCACACUACACACAUAAACUAACCUGUAAAUACACUUCGUAAUCAAAUGGCAUAAAUUAAGGGAGCGGAAUAAUUAUGUCAAAUUUCAAUACGGAGAAAGAUAUUUAUUUUAGCUCUGAAUUUUCUCCGCCUAUUUUCUUUAAUAUUUUGGUUUUGGUUGUAAGUUGAUUUGCAUGUAGAUGUGUGUUUUUUUUUCUUUUAUUGUCUUUUGAUUUUAGAUAAUUGUCUCUCUUUUUGUUUCUUUUUGAGUCUGUGUAUUUCUAUCUUUUUGAUGCCUUUUGAAGAAAAGACACGACUAUAAGCAGAUCAAACCAGUCUCCUCCUGCUUUUCACUCUAUGUGGAUGGAAUCGACCCAGCUGGUUGAAGCAGUAAUGUUUUGAUAAACUGUACUGUUAACAGUCACAGAUAUGCUUUUUCUAACAUUUUAACAUUUAUGAUUACCAGUACUUUGUACAUCUUUAUUGCAAUAAAUAAAUCAAAUGAAAUCAGUCACA